GUUCGACUGUUCGGGUGGCUUGUAGUAGUUGAUUGUGUUUUGUUUUUAGUGUAGUAAGUUUAAGCUAGUUCAAUUAAGUGCCACUGUAUUCUUAUAAUUCAAUACUCUUAAUUAUAGACGAGAAGGAAGGCGUAACAUAAAAUGAAGAUUCUGAUCCUUAUUGUGGCCUUUGUGGCGGCAGCUAAUGCAGUGUCCAUUUUCGAAUUAGUCAAAGAGGAAUGGCAAGCAUUCAAGCUGCAACACCGCAAAAAGUACGACAGUGAAGUCGAGGAACGAUUGCGAAUGAAGAUCUACGUACAAAAUAAGCACAAGAUUGCCAAGCACAAUCAGCGGUACGACCUGGGCCAUGAAAGAUAUCGUCUAAAGAUUAACAAAUAUGCCGAUUUGUUACACGAGGAGUUCGUUCAAACCCUGAAUGGCUUCAACCGUACCAAUCCCAAACAAAUGCUGAAGGCAGUCAAAAUCGACGAACCUGUUACAUUCAUCGAACCAGCUAAUGUCGAGAUUCCAAAAACCGUCGACUGGACAAAGAAAGGCGCUGUCACUCCUGUGAAAGAUCAAGGUCACUGCGGAUCGUGCUGGUCUUUCUCGGCUACCGGAGCGCUUGAGGGUCAACAUUUCCGCAAAACUGGAAAACUUGUAUCCCUAUCCGAGCAAAAUCUAAUCGAUUGCUCCGGUAAAUACGGCAACAAUGGCUGCAAUGGAGGAAUGAUGGAUUUCGCCUUCCAGUACAUUAAGGAUAACCACGGUAUCGAUACGGAGAAGUCUUACCCUUACGAGGCUAUCGACGAUAGUUGCCAUUUCAAUCCGAAAGCGGUCGGAGCAGUCGAUAAGGGAUUCGUUGACGUUCCUCAGGGUGAUGAGUCAGCCUUGCAAAAGGCUUUGGCAACGGUAGGACCGGUCUCUGUUGCUAUCGACGCUUCCCACGAAUCGUUCCAGUUUUAUUCGGAAGGCGUGUACUAUGAGCCACAGUGCGACUCUGAGAACCUAGAUCAUGGUGUUCUGGCUGUUGGAUAUGGUACAAGCGACGAAGGCGAAGAUUAUUGGUUGGUAAAGAACUCGUGGGGAACCACCUGGGGUGACAAGGGUUUUGUCAAAAUGGCCCGUAACCGUGAUAACCACUGUGGUAUUGCUACUGUGGCAAGCUAUCCUCUGGUCUAACUGCACCGUGGUCCUAUGGUUUUAUGUGAUCGAGCUGUGGCUUACGAGUAAGAAAAAACGUAUUCUUUCUUUUCAUUUCGGCAUUAGAUAUUAAUGCUACUCACUUACCCGCUUGAAGGUGUUUCAUGCAUUGUUUUACGAUAGGCCGUGCCAAAAAAUACUUUCCAAUUUAUGUGGGAUAUUGAAUAACAGAAUAAUUUAAAUGAACAGUUCGAACAAGUUUCUAAACUUUUAUUUCUAUAUUAGUUUUGUGAGAUAUUAUCUGUGAAUAUGUUAGCUGAAGUUGAGUAACGUAAUGUUUACAAAUAAAUCUAAAUAAGUAAGUACAACUU